GAAUGGUGGCUUAGUAGUGGUCUACCCGUUGAUGUUACCGGUGUAGCUUAGUAAAAUCUGUCCCUCACGCCCACCUGGCCCUUACCACCUCCUCUGGGCUCUCGUGUGCGUAAAGUUGACUAGCGGAAGGUGCAGGAAAGUGAAAAAAAGACCACAUCGCGUCGCUAAAGGUUGAAAAGAAGGGUGACAACCAUGGCGACAACAGAGGCUGCCAUGAACCUUACCGACAUCACUAGCGGAUCAACAGACGGUGGUGUCAACGUGCCCGGGCUGGUGGCGAUCAUCCUGUUCUACCUGGUGAUCCUUGGCAUAGGGCUGUGGGCGGCGUGGCGCAGGAAAGGUGAAGCGAGCACGGAGGAGGUGAUGCUGGCUGGCAGGGACAUCGGUAUCUUUGUCGGCAUUCUCACCAUGACAGCCACUUGGGUCGGCGGAGGUUACAUCAACGGGUCGGCCGAGGCAGUGUUCGCCAGCGGUCUUAUAUUCUGCCAGGCGCCCUUCGGUUACGCCAUUAGCCUCAGUUUGGGUGGUCUGUUCUUCGCGCGCAAGAUGAGGGACGCUCAGUACGUGACAAUGCUGGACCCGCUGCAGAACUGUUUUGGGCAGCGUUGGGGCGCGAUGCUGUACCUCCCCGCCCUGGCAGGAGAAACACUGUGGUCUGCCUCCAUCCUCUCCGCUCUUGGCUCCACGCUGGCCGUCAUCUUGGAUAUCAACAACACUCUCUCCAUCAUCGUCUCGGCGGCCAUCGCGGUGCUGUACACUCUCUUCGGAGGUCUCUACUCUGUUGCUUAUACUGAUGUGGUGCAGCUCUUCUGUAUCUUCAUUGGCUUGUGGAUCACGGUGCCCUUUGCUAUAGCGCACGAGGCGGUGGCAUCUCUGGCGCCCAACGUGACGGACUGGGUUGGCUCCAUCCCCGCAGACACGCCCUGGGUUUGGGGAGAGUGGGCUGACUACGCUGUGCUUCUCAUCUGCGGCGGCAUCCCCUGGCAGGUUUACUUCCAGCGUGUGUUGUCAGCGCGAUCUAGCAAACAGGCACAGGCUCUCUCCUUUGCUGGUUCCCUUGGGUGUAUCAUAAUGGCCGUGCCCGCCUGUAUCAUUGGAGCCAUCGCUAAGGCCACGGACUGGGAGGAAGUUGGCUACACGAAGGACAUCAGUAAGCAGAAGAAGCUCGUGCUGCCUCUUGUCAUGCAAUACUUGACGCCCCCGUGGGUCGCCUUCCUGGGUCUCGGGGCCGUCAGUGCUGCCGUGAUGUCGUCCGCUGACUCCUCCGUGCUCUCCGCCUCCUCCAUGUUCGCUAAUAACAUCUACAAGAACGUGUUUCGACGGAGCGCGGCCGAGAAGGAGGUCCUUUGGGUGAUGCGUGUGGCGGUCAUUGUUGUUGCCAUCUCCGCCUCUGCCAUUGCCAUCCAGGGAAACUCCAUCUACCAAUUGUUCUACCUGUGUGGCGACCUGGUGUUCGUGAUGCUCUUCCCCCAACUGACCCUCGCCGUUCACUUCCCCGAGAGAGUCAACACGUACGGCUCCAUUGCGGCUUACAUUCUGGGCUUCCUCCUUCGCAUCCUGGGUGGGGAGAAAGUGCUUGGCGUGCCCGCAGUCAUCAGGUACCCUUACUAUAUCGACGGGACGCAGUAUUUUCCCUUCAGGACUCUCUCUAUGAUAGUCACCAUGGUUACGCUUCUGUGUGUCUCCUGGCUCACACGGCUCCUCUAUGACAUGGGUUACCUGCGCGACCUUCUGGAUGUGUUUAGUGACAGGAGCAUGGAAGUCACCGCCCUGCCGCCGAAGCCCCGCCAGGACACUCCCAAAGGUAUCGAUAACCCGGCAAUGGAUAUGUCGAACGGCCAGCAUCGACCAAUGGAGAUGGCUCGGUUUUAGUCGUUGUGGUUGUGAGUUGUAAUGUUGGUAGGAAUGUUUGUGUGUCUCUUUCUCUUUCUCUGUCUCUUUCUCUUUUAUGGAUUCAUGUUUUUUUUUGUGUGUGUGUGUGUAUUUUUUCCCUUUUCUUCUUUUUCUUUCUUUUUCUUUAUUUUAUUUUU